CAUGUGGUCUUCGAAAUCGAAAACGUCAAACAGUUACCCUCGACACCCUAACCGAGACGCCAUCGGUAACGGCAGACAUCCCUAACGCAGUUGUCCAAGUGUCUCCGACAAUGACCGAGGCACAUCGUGCGAGUCAAGUUACAGUGCAAAUCCCCGGUGCAAACACGCAAGUCUGAUAUGUCGUGAAUGUGUAAAAGAAACAUAUAGCCGCUCUAUUUACCGAAAAUAAUUAAACAAGGGCUAUGCGACAGUGCGCACGUUCGUGCGAAGGAAACGGUGGUAAUUGAGAAUUCCGUUUAAAUGGUGGAUUAUCACAGCUACACAAUGUUGGACGAAGAGGAAUUCAAGCCGCGAUCGCAAUCAGAAAUGACAAAGGCGGAACUGAGAAAGAGCAACAAACCGAUUAUGGAAAAGCGACGGCGCGCUCGUAUCAAUCAAAGUCUCGAUGAACUGAAGGCCCUCGUACUCGAUGCUAUGAAGAAAGACCCGACCAGACACUCCAAACUGGAGAAAGCCGAUAUCCUCGAGAUGGCCGUGAAGCAUAUACAAACGGUGCACCGGCAGCAAUUGAGCGCGGCCAUCGCGACCGAUCCAGCGGUGCUGACUAAAUUCCGUUCUGGAUUUUCCGAAUGUGCUACUGAAGUAUCGCGGUACGUCAGCCAGCUCGAGAACGUCGAUCCUCUCGUCAAGCAACGACUGGUAUCACACUUGAACAGUUGCGUGAGCAAUCUCCAGCAAAUGGCGCCAUUCUACAGCCACUACGUGCCCUACAUGCCGGAACGUCUCUAUCCGGAAGUAAAGGUUGGUUUCCAGAGCGAUUUCCAGAAUGGGGAUGAGAAUAACAACGGCAGCGCGAGGAUACAGAUACCGAACGGGGUGCAGCUGAUUCCCAGCCGGCUGCCGACGGGCGAACUGGCGCUCUUGGUGCCGCAAUCCGCCAACAUCUCCGCGAAUUUUCCCUUCUUCCCGCCGGCAGCCGACACGUCCGCGAGAAUCGGUCAAUCGUCGGCUUUCACCGCGGUCCAAAGGCCGCACAGCCCGUUGCCGAGCCCUUCGACCUCCACGUCGAGCUACGGCGACGAGAGCCAUCAUUCCGAGCAUUAUCCGCAAUCACUGUCGCCCAAUCAUCAUCAUCAUCAGCCGCAGCGUCGCUUCAAGUUACCCGAGCAGAGUCCCGCGUCGUCUUCCAAGAGCUUCUCCUCGCCGGAGACCCAGAAGCCACAAAUCAGCUCCACCAGCGACCGAAAGUCACCGAUUACAUUCGUCGAGUCUAAAGCCGCGGACAAUAACGUCGCGAGCGUCAAGAAGGACCCGACGGAGGAGCCGGCGACUCGCGUAAACAGCCUCGCAGCAACUCACAGUCUGCGGCAACCUCUUUCGGUGAUUACGGACAAAAUUACGUACAAUCGCGUCCCGAACGCUUCAGCGUUGCCACAGCUAGACGAUUUGAGGAAACGUCAAUCUGACGGAUUUUUGGCCGUUUCAAAUAAGAAACCGCGAUACCAAGAGGCCACCAGUUCAACCAGCUCCUCCUCGGCGUUGAGCAACGCCGAUGUGCUACAAAAUUCAAACGAGCAGGCCGCUGCGGCGGAAGCGGAUCGGGAAAGCCGCGACCGCCCGGUUACACAGGAUUCUAAUUUGAAUUCUGACAAAUUUUCGAUGAGUUUGGCGGGUCCUUCCGGUGCGAACGGUGAUAUGUGGAGGCCUUGGUGAUGAUCGACAGGCUGUGAUCACCGUAAAAAUCAAAUACCGCCAAUACCUUAAGACUGACUGAUUUGUUCGAAAACAUUCAAUAAAAAGGAAAGUAGUAAUUAAACAGAUUUGCCUUGAUUUCUAAUCGUUUGAGAUGUUUGAAUCGCGGCACGAUUCACCCGGCGACGAUGUGCUGCCACGUAGUUGCAUUAUUCUGUUUCGUCACUCGCUGACAAUCUAACGGUAACGGUAAUCGCAGGAUAUGGGGGGAUGGCUUGCGUGAUAUGCAUCGUAUUUGUAGAAGGAGCCACGCUUUCUGCGAGCGACUCAUUGAGAGAUUGUUUAUCGAGGAUGAAUGAGAUUACACCCAGAGGAUACCGAGGAUACCGAGAAUACGCCGAGCAAGCAUAAAAUAGGAAUUAUUCGAAUACGAUUUCGUAUGAAAUCAUGCAAGAAACUCCGGAGAAGAAUACAGUUCCACGGGCGAGAUUGUUAUCGUGCUUCUUGGCGCGCACCGUAUUGUAUCACUGUGUCCGCUCGUCAUUCUACGAAUACUCCUAAGCUUUAAGUAGGCUAAACAACAUUUGAAUAAACCUGCGACGAGCCGAUGAAUUGUGAAUAUUCUUGUAAAUAUUUCUACUCUUAUUUAAUCGGCUAAAUGCCCUCCUCGUACCUAAUAAUUUAACGUUCAAUUGUACCACGAGUCUCAACAUUACACGAGUGGUGAUUUCUCAACGAUUCACAAUGGUCAGUAUUGUCAAUUAAGAUAGCAUUAAGAGUUUGUGAUAAUGAAAAAAAAAAGAAGUGUACGAAAUAGAAUUCCUACGAAAGACGCAAUGUUUGUUAUUUGUCUUUGAUUGAUCUUACAUGUAUACGUUCAUUGACAAAAUAAAUAAACUUGCAGAAUGCAAACUGCUCACGCAGCCGAUACACUCCCUCCCGUCUCG